AUGAGUGAGGCAUUCUAUACCAUCGUCAUGGGGCUGCGUGGCUUUAUAAAGGAGUACUUUCACAGUUUCUGGGACUAUGAGACCCCCAAGGUGAUGGUGGUAAAAAACAGGACUCUUGGAGUCAUUUACAGGGCUGUUCAGUUUCUUGUGAUUACAUAUUUCAUCUGGUAUGUCUUUAUAAGUCAAAAAGCAUACCAAGAGACAGAAUCCCGUCCAGAUAGCUCUGUUUAUACUCGUAUGAAAGGCACGGCAGUCCAUGGAGAUGAUAUCCUGGACACUGUGGAGUACGCCCGGCCCUCAGAGGGUGGUGAUGUUAUCAGUACGUUACUCAGAAGAGAGUUCACUUAUGAUCAGCGGCAAGGCACCUGUGCUGAGUAUUUCAACGUUCCCAAUGCCAACUGUACGACGGACUCUGACUGCGUCGAGGGGGAAGUUGACUUUGAAGGCCAUGGUAGGCGGACUGGGAGGUGUAUUCAGUACUACAAUCACACUUUCAAAACCUGUGAGAUCCAAAGCUGGUGUCCUAUUGAGGAGUAUGCUGUAGUACGAGAACCACCCCUUGUAGAAGCCAUCAAUUUCACUGUGUUCAUCAGGAAUUCUAUCCACUUCCCCAAAUUCAAAGUUCUGAGGGGAAAUAUAAAGAGAGCAGAUUAUAGGAAAACAAAGAGAUACUUAAACAAGUGUCAUUAUCAUGAGGACACAGAACCCUACUGUCCAAACUUCCGUCUUGGUUACAUCGCAAAUAAAGCCAGGGAAAAUUUUACUGAGCUCUGCAGAACUGGAGGAGUGAUUGGGGUUUUCAUCAACUGGGACUGUAAUUUGGAUCUGGAUCCUUCUCACUGUAAACCAACAUAUUCAUUCCGUCGUCUCGAUCUCCGAAAAGACGAGGACAAUUCUGGCUACUAUUACAGGUUUGCAAAAUAUUACAAUAAGAAUGGAGUAGAGUCUAGGACACUCAUCAAAGCCUACGGCAUUCGACUAGACAUCAUAGUCCACGGACAAGCUGGUAAAUUUAGUCCCAUUCCAACCAUCAUCAGCACAGUGACAGCUCUGACCUCAGUCGGGAUUUGUAGCAUCAUCUGUGACUGGAUCAUGCUGACAUUCAUUGACAAGAAUGAAGUCUAUAGUGAUAGAAAGUUUGAUGAAGUGAUUAAGGAGCCCAUCGAACACAUUCCCACCGAGCUGAGCUACAUCAGCAGCUUUGGCUCAAACCAUUCAGACCUGUCAGAAGGUGUACCGCUCUGAUGUGUGCACAGUCGCUUUAGAGAUCCACUGCAGCAUACAUCAAAUCAAAUGAUGGCAACAGGUGAUGGAACCACUGCGCUCUGCUGUGGUCUGAGGGCGUAAACCACAUGCCCAAGGGAUAGCUUCUGAAAAACAGCUACCGUAUUUCUCUGUUUGUAGCUCAAUACACAGCAGGUUCAAUUCAUGUCACAUCAAACUUUCAUGGACCUUCGAUGUUCACUGUGGAAUGAAACCUGCUUCUCUCUAACUUUACCAUAUGCCAUAUAAAGAAUGUGUUUAUUUUCUCAGGAUGAAAAAGCAAUUUCAUAGCAGAAGAAUACGAUUUACAAACUAUACUGUAUUGCAAACAUCCAAUCCACAUAAAUUCAAUAAAUGUCUUCUGUUAACUCAUGUCACAAUGUUUCUAUGACAGCAUUUGCGGAAUUCAAAAUUAUUUAGCUUUCAAAAUAUGUACAAAAUCUGAACUCUCUUUUAAGAAAGUAAAUAUGUUGAUUCAUUUUACUCCUUUCACCUGAAGCCUUGACAGAGGUUUAGGCAGCAUAAUGAGAAGAUACAGGAGGAAAGGAAAUACUGUGAGGAAACGCAUAAGGAGAGCAAUGAACAGUAAUCGAAUAAUGCA